GAGCGGCGUCGUGAGAGCGCGGUAUCGCCUUUGGUGCGUGGGGCGCCUUCGCCCGCUUAGAAAAUCUUCGCUAGAGCUGCCUUCUUGGGGCGUCGCAGCGCCCGUGGCAAACGUUGCCCCCGGUUGUUCUCUGAAGACACUGAAGAAUGAAGGAGAAAGGAGCUUUGCGGGAAAGGUGGCCGAAGCGGGCCUCGUCCUGUUUUCCCCGGUCCGUUUCAGCUGCUGUCCUUAAAAGAAAAACCACACACAGAAAAAAAACAAUACAAUAUUGACUUUAUGUCCCCAAAACACCGAUUGCAGGAUCAUGACAUUAAUCCAUGUUUAAUGGAAAGCGAUGCUUCUAGAAAGUGUUUGGAAGCGAAUCAAUCCAAUAAGGAUAUGUGUGCAAUCUAUUUUUUAAAGUACAAAAGUUGCCGAAAAUUUUGGCAUGGGAUUAUGAUGCAGAGAAGACAAGAUGGAAUAAAACCACAUAUGCCUAUAGCAGAAGAAAGAAAAAGAAUCCUAGCUUCAUUGGGAGAAGCACCAUAUUGACCAUACAGUUUUAUUAAUAUAGGAUGUAUAAUGGUUUUACUAUAAUGGUGUGCUUUAUUUUAUUUUUAAAAAGUGGUUUCUUGAUACUGCAUUGCCACAAUCCUUGUAUUGUAUUUUAUUAAAAAAAAAAACAAAACUUGAAACUUUAAAUGUCUAAAGAAUGUAAUGCAUUCUUAUAUGGGAAAAACGUGCAGAAAUAAGGUUUUGAUUAGGCAAAUUCAAGUGGUUUUAUAUUUAUUGUAACACAUAAUUUCAUAUAUACAAAGAGGAAGGAAUUCAAAUUGAUUACACAUAAUGUAAUCAAAUGAAAUAGUUGAAAAUAUAGUACAGGACUGAGCAUUCCAUAGAUUUAUUUCCCAAGACAAGACAAAAGUUGGCUCAUUUUAGAUCAGUGUAUCAGUUAUCAGUAAAUUUUAAUAUCCUGUUAAAAUUAUUACUUUAAGGACUAAUAUUCUUCACUAUAAAGUUGAUGGUUAUCAAUCUAUAGAUAUUUUCACCUUUAGCCUCAAGUCUGUCAAUUCAAUGGUAUUAACAUUUUUAUUAAUAAAUUAAGCAGUUUGGUAUAUAUUAGGAGGUUCCUAGAAAAGGUGCUACAUAGUAUUUUCAAAAAGUUUAGGAAGAACUGGACACUUUCUAUAUGUCCAGCAGACAUCAGCUUGUAAUUUAUAUAUAAAUGUCAGUCUGGAUAGAAUCAAGAAUCACUGAGUUCAUAUGAAGUAUUAAGUGUCAGGAUAUCAUAGCAUUCAUACUGUUUUUUUAAUAUCUCUUCCAUGGGACCUUUAAAAAUAACUCACUAAAUGUAUUAAUUUGGACAAUAUUUUGUUCCCUCAGAAUAACGUUAUUUAUGAAUUUCUUCAGCCUUUAUUUUUAAUAUUUAAUAAAAAAUACUUUUAAUAACUAUAAACUUUAUUUAUUUUCAAAUAAAAAUAAAAACAUUUUUAAAAUUAUUUGUUAUUAAAAAUUAAAAAUAAAGGCUGAAGAGGUUUAUAAACAUAAAUGUUCAAACUGAGUAGUACUUAAAUGUAUUUUGAUACACUUGUAAAGUUUUGAGAGACUUUCCAACUUGCUGGUUAAAUUCCCCUCUUCAUCUCUUGCUUAUAGGAUAUUAUUUGAACAUUAUCAGGAAAAUCUUCUGCAAAGAACAGCCAGAUGAGCUGGGAAGCACUUAGCAGCUAUUACUUAAAGCAGAGGUCCCCAACCUUUUAGGCACCAGCGACCAAUUUUGUGUGGUUUCAUGUGCUGCCUGCAUCCCAUGGAUGGGACUUCGUUUUUUGCACAGCUCAGUUUCUGGCAUGCUGUUUCUCGUUGCUGGUCCAUGGACAAGGGGUUGGGGACCUCAGAGUUAAAGGGUAUGUUGUAUAGAAGGGUUAAAUCAAACUACAAACAAUGUCAGAGUUAUACAAAUUAUUAAAAUGAAUAGAUCUAUACAUAUCCUGUAUAAACCCUUGUAUCUGAACCAUAUUUAAUUCUUUGAGACAAAGAAGUGUUGCAUCAGAUUUGAUCUUCUGAAUUAUUUCAGCUGAUGUUUUCAUUCCUGUUUAUACUCAGUAUAACAAGAGUUUUAAGUAUGAGCAGUUAUACAUAUAAAUCUUACCAUUUUUUUUAAAAAAAUGUUGAUGCUAAUUAGAAACAGUUCUAUAUUAUUACCAGGCAGUAAACUGAAAUUGGAAUAUGAAAAAUUGACAGCAACAUUUCAGACUAUAUUGAAACUAUUCCCAUAUUUAGUACAUUUAUUAAAUAAACAAUUGUUUAUUACUGCAACAUAAUCCUGAACUCAACUAAUGUGUCAUGUGCCAUCACAAAAGUUCAGAUUUUACAUUUAUGUUUUCUGCUCCUGUUCAACUGUUGAAUCUUCUGUUUUCAAAAUGGUAUUGUAUAUAAUUGGAUUACAGAGAUUAAGGAUGAAAAGUGGCUAUAGGGAGGUGACAAGUUGUCACCUAUUCCUAGAAUGCCUGCAAAUCCAAUAUUGGUGUGAAGUUGUUAGUUGGCCUGAUCUUUUAAGUCUCCGUUGGUGAUUUUACAGAAUCCACCAAUAUUCAUAAAUAGUUCAAUUGUUUUAUAUGAUAUCAUUCAUUUCAAAAAUUGUAUUUGUUCAGGUUUGAUAGAUGGAAUGGAUCUAUAUAGUUCUGUGAAGAUACUGAAUAUAUGCAGCCUUAAGAUUACAGAUAGGGAAGAUACGGGAUUUUUUCAAAAACAUGUCACAAAGGAUCAUGUUUUGUUCUCUAUUACUAUAUUACAAGAUAUAGGCAGUGGUGGGAUUCAAAUAUGUGAACAAACGGUUCUCUGUGUGUAUGCUGCUUCUGGAAGUCCAUUCUGGGCCUGGGCAACAAAAAGUUAGCUACCGUUUCUGCCGAACUGGUGCAAACUGGCUGAAUCCCACCACUGGAUAUAGGCUAUCAUGAAAUGGAUUUAAGAUAGAGAAAAACAAAAACUGAAUGAAUCUUGGAAAAAACCCAUUUGAAUCAAUUAACUAGUGAGCUGGUAGGCACCUCUUUAUUUGAUAUAUUGAAACAAGCUAGAUGAGAGUUAUUUUAAAUGCUGAAAUUUGAUUUUCUGCACGAGUAGGGACUUAGAUUUUAUGAUACAAAUAAUUAAUAUAUUGUCAAUGUAAUUAUAUUAUUUGCCUCUUGAUCUUACAAGAAAAGAAAAUUUGGAUCGAUUAAGUUUUUCAUGUAGGAAAACAGCUUCAUCUUUUUUUCUAAAAUAAAUUGUUAUUGGUAAA